AGAGAGAGUAUAUAUAAUUUGGGGGGUUUUGGUUUGUUUGGUUGGUUUUGGGUUUUGGUUUGUUUUGUUUUGUUUUUUGAACUUUUUUCUUCGCCCUCUAAGCAAACAAAUCAACACCCUUGAGCGUCCACCAGGAGGCGCCGGGGGCGUCGAAAGACCCGCGGUACCUUCACGGUUGGAGAGGCGGCGAUGGAUGCAGCAGCUAUGGAACCCGGCUUGCUUCCUUUUUUAAGAAUCAGUGUGAGGGAAGGGAGCAGAGCUGCGUUAUUUUAGGGAGACCUUGUCGCACUCCCCCUCCCGCGUGUAGGUAGCGACUGGGGUAUGUGCGGGGCCCCAUGGAGAGACACUGGCGGUGGCUGCGGCGGCAGCUGGGGCUCUUAUCGCUGCUGCAGCAGGCAGUAAUCCGACCCCGUCGGCGCCGGGACUGAAGAGGCGCAAAGGAAAGCGGCGAGCUGCGAACAAAAGCCCUCGGCGCGGGGCCGAGCCCGGGAAGUGCGAGACUCCACAAAGGGACAGGGCUCAGCCAUGGUGGAUCCCGUGCCUGAAGAGAAGGCGGGAGCCGAGCCCGGAGGCUCAGAAGGAGACGAAGACGCCGCGUCUGUGCCCCCUGACUCCCAGGGCGCCCAGCAGCCCGCAGCCUCUUCAGCCUCGGCCUCCGCCACGGUGCCCCGCAAGGCUGAAGUCCCGUGCGCAGCAGAAGGCGGGCGACGGGAGCAGUCCCCGCUGCUGCACCUCGACCUCUUCAACUUCGACUGUCCGGAGGCCGAGGGCAGCCGCUACGUGCUGACCAGUCCCCGCUCGCUAGAGGCCUGCGCCCGCUGCGCCGUCAAACCCGUGGAGCUGCUGCCACGGGCCCUGGCGGACCUGGUGCGCGAAGCCCCAGGCCGCUCUAUGCGAGUGGCCACCGGCCUGUACGAGGCCUACGAGGCAGAGCGGCGUGCCAAGCUGCAGCAGUGCCGGGACGAGCGCGAGCGCAUCGUGCGCGAGGAGAAGCGGCGCCUCUUCACGCCGCUGGGCUCCGCACCCGCCACAGCCUCGGCCCCCAGCGCGGGCAGCAGCAGCAGUUGCAGCAGCGCCAGCCUCCCGGCAUCGCCCGCACCACGAGCCGCCCGCAAGGCCUCCUCCAGCCCGUCCCCGGCCCGGCCCCAACCUCCGCCCGCGGGGUCGCGGGCAGGUAGGAAGAGCCACUCACUAGACUCUUUGUCACGCCGGAGGGAAGGCGCCCUCAGUUCCGAGUCCGGCGCAUCGUCGUCAUCCUACAGCGGGGAGAGCUUGCGGGAGCUGCACUGGCCGCCGCGGGCCUCGGCCAGGAACAGCUGCACGGCAGGGUCGGCCUCCUCUGCUCCCAAUCCUCUGGGCCGCCCGUCCGCCCUGGCCCUGGUUCCGCUCACCGGCCGCAGCUUCAGCCUCGGUGACCUGAGCCACUCGCCGCAGACGGCUCAGCACGUGGAGCGCAUCGUGCGCCAAGUGCGCGCCGAGCGUGGCCUGCGUGGGGUGCCCGAGCGCGACCGGAAGAUCGCGGCGCUGAUGCUGGCACGUCACCAGGAGGAGCGCCUGUUGCUGGAGCAGCGCGCCGCGGCCCACGGCCAGUGGGAGCAGCAGCGCGUCCGAGCAGAGCAGCGGCGGGAGCGCGAGGAGCGCGAGAAGCAGCGCGCCCUGGAGCAGGGCCGCCGGGCCUGGGCAGCGCAGGUGGAGGAGCGGCGCGGCCGCCGAGGCCGCGAGGAGCGCGAGGAGGCGCGGAGGCGGCAGAGGCAGUGCGAGCGCAGCGAGGAGCGGCGGCGGGAGCUGGCCGAGCGCCAGGGCUUGCUGCGGCGGGAGAGGGCGGAGCGCGCGGCCCGGGAGGACCGGCUGCGCAAGCUGCAGCAGGAGCAGAAUCUGAAGCAGCGGGAGGAGGGCCUGCAAGAAGGGCGCGAACGGGCGGAGCAGAUCCGCAGGGAGCGGGCCCAGCGCGCGGCCAGCACCAAGCAGCGUCAGGAAGGCCAGCUGCAGCGGGAGAAGCGGGAGCUGAGCCGGGCCGACCGGGCACGCCACCAGGCGCUGCUGCAAGGCCGGGCCCGGCAGGAGCGUGAGGAGCGCGAGGGUUUGCGGAGCUCCCUAGAGGCCACCUUGGGCCGCGCGCAGGAAAACUACGAGCAUUUAGUGGAGCAGCGCACCCGGGAGCUGCGAGAGCGGGCCCGAAGGGAGGAAUUGCAGGGCCGGCGGGCCAAGGAAGCGGCCGAGCGCAAAGAUCGGGAACAUCAGGCGCAUCUGGAGGCGCUGGCCCGGGCGGGCGAGCGACGGCUGCAGCACGCGGCGCAGGCUGCUGAGGAGGCAGUGCAGCAGAAGGCGCGGCGCGUGGGCCAGAGCCGUCUAGAGAAGGAGCGGGCGCAACGCGCCAACAAGGAGAAGGUGGAGAGGGACGAAGACUGCCGCCGGCGGGAACUGCUCCAAGCCAUCGGGCGCAAGCUGGAACGUAGCGAGCAGCUGUCUCGGGAGCGCCGCAGCGCGCUGGAGAGCGCCCGCUCCACUGCCCGGGCGUCCUUCCACGUGCGCGAGAAGGUGCGCCAGGAGACCAACACUCGCUCCUUCGACCGCAUGGUGCGCGAGGCCCAGCUGCACGCCAGCCUAGACCGUAAAUGACCGCAGCUGUGCCCUGGCCAGACUGCCACGUUCAGCCCCCGCGGGGCCUCUUUUGGCCAUUUUGACCAGACUGUGGGAGUCCCCAGUCCGGGCACAGUACCGUGGCGUCGCCAGGCUUCUGACCAAGGAGGCAAUGAGAGG